AUUGGCUGAGGCGCAGCGCGCGGGAGCGGCGGUUAGCAUCCGGCUCGGGCCGCCCGGCUGUCCCGUCAGACGGCGCCGCUCCCUCAGCCCGGCCCCGCCGCUGCAGCCGCUGUUCGCCAGAGCUGUCCGGGCAGCACCGAGACGGAGGCGCGGCACAACGAAAGCGGUGCUGAGGACAGCGGCGCCGGAGGUGUGCGGGAGAACGGCUCCGGGCCGGGGCCGGGGCCGGGGCCGGGGCGAGGAACCGUAUGAGGCCCGAACCGCCAGGCCCCGCCCCGCCCUCCCCUCCCCUCCGCCGUGGGAUGCGGGGAUUUAGGACGGCUGAAGGACUCGGGGCCCCCACCGCCGCAGUGCUGCUGCCCGCAUCCGGGCCGGGCCCCCCCGAGCCUCCAGCGCUGCUCCCGGUGCCCCCCGGAGCUGAGGCACAGGUAUUGUUUAACAAGUGCCUUUGGAGAAGUUUUCAGUAUCCAGUCUCCUGAUCAGGAAGAAAGAAGAAAGUUUUUGGAGGACUUAAUCAUGAGUGGAGCUGCUGCUGAAGCUCCACUUCAAACAAGCAAGCUGGUGAGGACGUUGUGCAUCUCAGCCUUUCCUCACUGCAAGGCUGGGCAGACACGGGCAGCACUGCCUGCAGCAGCACCAGCUGAGCUCUGUGUGCCAGAGGAAGGAAUGCGGCGUCUGGAGGAGCAGGAGGAGGAGACCCUGCGUGACUCUGCGGGGCCGUUCCUCACAGCCUGCCACUGACAGACGUAGUGGGGCACUGCAGAGCCCGUUGGUGCGGAGGAGGUUUGUUCUGGAGGUCCUGAUGACGGCACAGGCAUGAAGCAGCCCAGAGCUCGUCGGUGUGGAGAGACUGCGUAUUGUGUUGUGAAGGGAGAGACGGAGGAGGGGUUUGAACAGCAUUGCGCAGGAAUGAAAGAAGCUGGUAAGAGAAGAGGCUGCGGCACUUCAAAGUGUGCUAUGGACGGGCAGCGCGUUGACAACCCAAGGGUGGCACCAGGAGAUGCAGCGCAGCCCUCUCCAGCAGCAGGGUGCAUUUAUUCGUCUUGCUAAUUCUUGAAGUAGAAGGCAGGAGACGGGCAGCGGUACUACAGCUCGUCUGCGACUUUGAAGCUAAGUUGGGAAGUGGAAGAUGUGGAUGUGAAAGAAGAACUCAGUUACUGGGACGCUCCCUUUUCUUCCCCUAGCUGUCCCCUUGCCUCAGCCCGGGUUCCCCUUGCAUUCCUGUAGGUUUCCCUUCCAUCCCCCUGGCUGCCCUGUGCUUUCCCCAAGGUUGCCCUUUCCUUUCCCAUGACAGCCCACCCAUAAUUCCCUCAGCGCCCCAAUAGCCCCCUCAAUAUUUCCCAUUCAAGAACCUGUAGCUACCCCACGACCCCCACAGAGCCCCAUAGGCCCUCGAGGACCUCUUCAGGCCUGGUACACCUUCCCCAUAGCUGGCCCAAAACCUCACAGAAACACAUAGUCUGUUACAGUACCCCAUUUUCCUGCUGGGCUCCCACUGAACCCCCAUGUUUCCUCCCUAAGACCUGCCUUACCACAUCCAGGACCCCCCUGAGAUCUUCCAGACCCUACAGUUCCUUAGAGGACCCCGUCACUAUUCCAGGACCCCCAUAGCUGACCCUCCUCAACCCCAUUUCCCUCCAGAUCCCAUAUCACCACACAGUGCUGGGGCAGGAUCGGCUGCUGCAGGAAAGGAAUGCGGAGCAGGGGGAGGUGUAGGGCACAGAUGUUGGUGAAAGAGACGUGGGGGGUACUGGGAAGAUGGAUACACGGUAACGUGGGAGUAUUUGGGGAUAUGGGCCAAUAUGGGCCUGCAGGAGGAGAAUGCUGUGCAGAAGAAGGCAAUGUGUGAGGUGCUCCAACACCGCCCCGCCCCCCCCCUUUUUACCCGUAACUUCUCCCCACAUCCCCCCGUCCCCCCUAUGUCUUCAUACCACAGCGUACCCCAGUGUCUCACCUGCAGCCCACAUCUUGCCUUCUCCCAAACAGCAUUCUGCUCCUGCAGGUUGUGAGCCCAUAUCCUCCCAUGUGCUUAUAUCCCCCUCUCCCCGCCCCACACACCCAGAGCCCCAUAGCUCCUCCAGUACCUCCUCAGACCAGGUACAUCUCCCCCACAGCCAACCUGGGACCUCAUAGAGCCCCGCAGUCCCCAACAGCACCCCUUAUCCUUGCACUGGGCUCCCACUGAACCCCCACAUAUCUUCCCUUGGACCUCCCUAACCCCCCUCAGGUCACCCCUGGGAUCUCACAGGCCCCCACAGUCCCAGACAGGACCCCAAUCAUUGUCCCAGGACGUCCAUAGCCCACCUGGGGCUCCUCUUCACCCCCGUAUCCUUCCAGAUCCCAUACAGCAGGAGGGGAAUGCAGAGCUGGCAAAGGUGUAGGGCACAGCUGUGGGUGAAAGUGACGUGGGGGGCACUGGGGAGAUGGGUGCGUGUGAACGUGGGAGGAUGUGGGGCUAUGGGCCACAGCCUGCAGGAGCAGAGUGCUGCGCGGGAGAAGGCAACGUGUGAGGUAAAGGUGGGACCUGUGGGUGCGGGGACAUAGGGUGGCAUGGGGACGUAGGGGGUGUGGGGGCAUGUGGGGAGCGGUUUGGGGUCAGAGUGGGGGAUGUGGGGCGGUGUUGGAGUGCAUUUAUGGAUUUCUUCCUGAGAGGGGGUUGGGGUUCCCUGUGGCCCCAAGGUGGAGCCCUGGUCCGUAACCCCACGUGACCCCAUUACCCCAUACAACUCCGCGUGACCCCAGGGCUCCACAUCACCCAUAGCCCUGUGAGUACCAUAUGCCCAGAGGAGGCUCUGGACAGUGAUGGGGCUGUUAUUGGGUCGUUCAGGGGGUGCUUUAGGGUGGCUCUGGGACCGCUGUAGAACAGCACUCUAUAUCUGCCCCUGACCCUCAUCUUGCCCACGUCUUCUGGGGCAAGAUGGGGGUCAAGGGAGCUAUGGGGGAGGUCCCACAAUCAGAGCAGGUUCACCACCAGCUCCGUGUGGGGGAUCAUCAGCCCCACCGAGGUGUGGGUGUGUCCCAUAGCUGCCCCACAGCAGCCCCAGAGCCAUCCUAGAGCAGCCCCAGAGCAGCCCCAUCACUGCCCACGGCCCGUGGCCAGCAGCAGUUCCACCACCAGCAGUGUGUUGGGUAAAGGCAGCUCCUAGGUGUGGCUCUGCCCCAUAGCUGCCCCAGAGUGCCCCUGUAGCCCUCCCAUAGGCAUCCUUUAGCUGCCCCACAACCCGUAGGGCUUCCCCACAUCCCAGCGCAUCCCCCCAAGUGCCUGCGGGGUGUGCGAGAAACGCUCUCCUCCCUGCUGUUCCAUCGGGCGCAGCUCUCGGUGCAGCAGCAAAGCUCCUUCCUGAUUGCUGUGGCGUUACUGCACUCUCCCUCCUCGUGGCGAGGGAGAAAACGCGCAGCUGCUCUGUGAGCUCCUUCUGCUCCUGGAGCUCUCCUCCCGUGGCACUCACUGCUCUCCUGUUCCCCCUUGGCUGGGGACUGCAGGUUCACAGUCUCCGCCACGCAUCCGCUGUGCCGUUUCUCCAGAGGAGCUCUAUGGCCAACCUGUUCCUUUCGGGCUGAUUGUGUGCUUUUCUAUGCAGACAGGCAGGCAGGCAGGAUUUCUUGCAGCUCUCGCACUUGCUGUGUCUCAUGCUCCGUCCUGCAGCUGUGCCUUCUCUCGUUCGUGAUGUGCUCUGCUCAGCAUCUGUCUGCUGAACAACAGCUGUCACAGCUGUCACACUGGCCCUACCUUGUGCUCUCCCUGCAGACGUUAGAACAUUCUCUCUGCCACUCUCCAAAGCGUAACAGCUCAGAUGGUUUCCAGCAGCACACAGCUGGCACACAGAGCCGUGCUGACCACGGCAGGGUGCAGCUUCUUGUUGCAGAGCCCCACCCACUUGUAGCGGUGGGUGAGCGUGCCAAAGGGGGAUCCCACCGCUGCUCUUCUCCAUCCUUCUCUGCUCUUUCUGCACCACCGUGCAUUCCUUCCUGCUCGUGCUGCGCUGCCCUCAGAGUGCUUUGUCCAUUUCUCGCGGUCGUUGCAGCAGCUGUCCAAGUGCUGACGUUGGAGCCAUUUCUUCCCCACCGCGAGAUCCCUUCCGAGAUGCACUGUCUCUGCUGCUGCAACAGCCCCAGUCUGGGGUGCCUUUUGGUAAGGAGUUGCGUUGUGCGUUCUGCAGCUGACUUGGAUUUCUUCUCCCACUGUCCCGUGAGGGAGUUGAUUGCUUCCAUCCGUCCCAGCUGCAUUGCUGGGUCAGGUAUCCCUCAUUGCCACGCAGCACUGCAGCAGCCCAGCCCCAGUCCCUUCCCCAGUCUCAGUGGGAUCGGUUUGUUCUCUUCUUGUCCUCUUAGAGAAACAGAAGCUACCAAGCCAGCAAACCUUGUGUCUGGUAUUUCCCUACAGAAGCUGCUAUUCGUGUCCUUCUUCUUGCCCCUUUGGCCAGUUCCCAGCAAUCCAAAAUUAGGCGUAUGGCUGCAGCCCACCCCACGGCUUCUUUGGGGCAGCUCUGUGGCAGCCCCACCCCGAGGAGAGGAUGCCUUUUCCCCACACACAGCUGGUUCUAUGGCCACAUGGGGUCAGGACACAGGGUCAUGGGUCACGUGGGGCUCCUGCAGGGUCACCGAGUUAUAUGCAGUCAGAUGGAGCGGCACAGUUUUUGGUGUCAGGUGGGGUUCUGGGUCACAGCGAUGGGGUCAGAUGGGAUGGUAGGCUCAGAUGGGGUGGCGUGGAGUUAUUCUAGGGUUCUGUGGUUGGGGUGAGGUGGGGGCAGGGAUCCCAGAGUUCUGGGGCCACGUGGCAUCGGGUCGCAGAGUGAUGGGGGCAGGCAGGGUCAGGGAGUCACAGGGUCGUGUGGGGGUAUGGUUCACCCAGGGCUGUGGGUCACGUGCAGCCAUGGGGUCACGCACAUACAGGGUUCUGUGUUCAUCUUGGGUUACGGCUCACGUGGGGUUAUGGCUCAGGGCCCCACCUUUGGGCCACUGGGACCCCCAGUCCCCUCUCAGGAAGAAAUAAACGCACUCCAACACCGCCCCGCACCCCCCCUUUUUAACCCUAACUUCUCCCCACAUCCCCCCGUUCCCCCUAUGUCCCCAUACCACAGCAUACCCCAGUGUCUCACCUGCAGCCCACAUCUUGCCUUCUCCUGAACAGCAUUCUGCUCCUGCAGGCUGUGUGCCCAUAUCCUCCCAUGUGCUUAUAUCCCCCUCUCCGCCUUUCACACGCACCCAGAGCCCCAUAGCUCCUCCAGGACCUUCUCAGACACGGUACACUUCCCCCACAGCCAACCCGGGACCUCAUAGAGUCCUGGUGUCCCCAACAGCGCCCCUUAUCCUUGCACUGGGCUCCCACUGAACCCCCACAUAUCUUCCCUUGGACCUCCCUCACCCCCCUCAGGUCACCCCUGGGAUCUCACAGGCCCCCACAGUCCCAGACAGGACCCCAAUCAUUGUCCCAGGACGUCCAUAGCCCACCUGGGGCUCCUCUUCACCCCCGUAUCCUUCCAGAUCCCAUACAGCAGGAGGGGAAUGCAGAGCUGGCAAAGGUGUAGGGCACAGCUGUGGGUGAAAGUGACGUGGGGGGCACUGGGGAGAUGGGUGCGUGUGAACGUGGGAGGAUGUGGGGCUAUGGGCCACAGCCUGCAGGAGCAGAGUGCUGCGCGGGAGAAGGCAACGUGUGAGGUAAAGGUGGGACCUGUGGGUGCGGGGACAUAGGGUGGCAUGGGGACGUAGGGGGUGUGGGGGCAUGUGGGGAGCGGUUUGGGGUCAGAGUGGGGGAUGUGGGGCGGUGUUGGAGUGCAUUUAUGGAUUUCUUCCUGAGAGGGGGUUGGGGUUCCCUGUGGCCCCAAGGUGGAGCCCUGGUCCGUAACCCCACGUGACCCCAUUACCCCAUACAACUCCGCGUGACCCCAGGGCUCCACAUCACCCAUAGCCCUGUGAGUACCAUAUGCCCAGAGGAGGCUCUGGACAGUGAUGGGGCUGUUAUUGGGUCGUUCAGGGGGUGCUUUAGGGUGGCUCUGGGACCGCUGUAGAACAGCACUCUAUAUCUGCCCCUGACCCUCAUCUUGCCCACGUCUUCUGGGGCAAGAUGGGGGUCAAGGGAGCUAUGGGGGAGGUCCCACAAUCAGAGCAGGUUCACCACCAGCUCCGUGUGGGGGAUCAUCAGCCCCACCGAGGUGUGGGUGUGUCCCAUAGCUGCCCCACAGCAGCCCCAGAGCCAUCCUAGAGCAGCCCCAGAGCAGCCCCAUCACUGCCCACGGCCCGUGGCCAGCAGCAGUUCCACCACCAGCAGUGUGUUGGGUAAAGGCAGCUCCUAGGUGUGGCUCUGCCCCAUAGCUGCCCCAGAGUGCCCCUGUAGCCCUCCCAUAGGCAUCCUUUAGCUGCCCCACAACCCGUAGGGCUUCCCCACAUCCCAGCGCAUCCCCCCAAGUGCCUGCGGGGUGUGCGAGAAACGCUCUCCUCCCUGCUGUUCCAUCGGGCGCAGCUCUCGGUGCAGCAGCAAAGCUCCUUCCUGAUUGCUGUGGCGUUACUGCACUCUCCCUCCUCGUGGCGAGGGAGAAAACGCGCAGCUGCUCUGUGAGCUCCUUCUGCUCCUGGAGCUCUCCUCCCGUGGCACUCACUGCUCUCCUGUUCCCCCUUGGCUGGGGACUGCAGGCUCACAGUCUCCGCCACGCAUCCGCUGUGCCGUUUCUCCAGAGGAGCUCUAUGGCCAACCUGUUCCUUUCGGGCUGAUUGUGUGCUUUUCUAUGCAGACAGGCAGGCAGGCAGGAUUUCUUGCAGCUCUCGCACUUGCUGUGUCUCAUGCUCCGUCCUGCAGCUGUGCCUUCUCUCGUUCGUGAUGUGCUCUGCUCAGCAUCUGUCUGCUGAACAACAGCUGUCACAGCUGUCACACUGGCCCUACCUUGUGCUCUCCCUGCAGACGUUAGAACAUUCUCUCUGCCACUCUCCAAAGCGUAACAGCUCAGAUGGUUUCCAGCAGCACACAGCUGGCACACAGAGCCGUGCUGACCACGGCAGGGUGCAGCUUCUUGUUGCAGAGCCCCACCCACUUGUAGCGGUGGGUGAGCGUGCCAAAGGGGGAUCCCACCGCUGCUCUUCUCCAUCCUUCUCUGCUCUUUCUGCACCACCGUGCAUUCCUUCCUGCUCGUGCUGCGCUGCCCUCAGAGUGCUUUGUCCAUUUCUCGCGGUCGUUGCAGCAGCUGUCCAAGUGCUGACGUUGGAGCCAUUUCUUCCCCACCGCGAGAUCCCUUCCGAGACGCACUGUCUCUGCUGCUGCAACAGCCCCAGUCUGGGGUGCCUUUUGGUAAGGAGUUGCGUUGUGCGUUCUGCAGCUGACUUGGAUUUCUUCUCCCACUGUCCCGUGAGGGAGUUGAUUGCUUCCAUCCGUCCCAGCUGCAUUGCUGGGUCAGGUAUCCCUCAUUGCCACGCAGCACUGCAGCAGCCCAGCCCCAGUCCCUUCCCCAGUCUCAGUGGGAUCGGUUUGUUCUCUUCUUGUCCUCUUAGAGAAACAGAAGCUACCAAGCCAGCAAACCUUGUGUCUGGUAUUUCCCUACAGAAGCUGCUAUUCGUGUCCUUCUUCUUGCCCCUUUGGCCAGUUCCCAGCAAUCCAAAAUUAGGCGUAUGGCUGCAGCCCACCCCACGGCUUCUUUGGGGCAGCUCUGUGGCAGCCCCACCCCGAGGAGAGGAUGCCUUUUCCCCACACACAGCUGGUUCUAUGGCCACAUGGGGUCAGGACACAGGGUCAUGGGUCACGUGGGGCUCCUGCAGGGUCACCGAGUUAUAUGCAGUCAGAUGGAGCGGCACAGUUUUUGGUGUCAGGUGGGGUUCUGGGUCACAGCGAUGGGGUCAGAUGGGAUGGUAGGCUCAGAUGGGGUGGCGUGGAGUUAUUCUAGGGUUCUGUGGUUGGGGUGAGGUGGGGGCAGGGAUCCCAGAGUUCUGGGGCCACGUGGCAUCGGGUCGCAGAGUGAUGGGGGCAGGCAGGGUCAGGGAGUCACAGGGUCGUGUGGGGGUAUGGUUCACCCAGGGCUGUGGGUCACGUGCAGCCAUGGGGUCACGCACAUACAGGGUUCUGUGUUCAUCUUGGGUUACGGCUCACGUGGGGUUAUGGCUCAGGGCCCCACCUUUGGGCCACUGGGACCCCCAGUCCCCUCUCAGGAAGAAAUAAACGCACUCCAACACCGCCCCGCACCCCCCCUUUUUAACCCUAACUUCUCCCCACAUCCCCCCGUUCCCCCUAUGUCCCCAUACCACAGCAUACCCCAGUGUCUCACCUGCAGCCCACAUCUUGCCUUCUCCUGAACAGCAUUCUGCUCCUGCAGGCUGUGUGCCCAUAUCCUCCCAUGUGCUUAUAUCCCCCUCUCCGCCUUUCACACGCACCCAGAGCCCCAUAGCUCCUCCAGGACCUUCUCAGACACGGUACACUUCCCCCACAGCCAACCCGGGACCUCAUAGAGUCCUGGUGUCCCCAACAGCGCCCCUUAUCCUUGCACUGGGCUCCCACUGAACCCCCACAUAUCUUCCCUUGGACCUCCCUCACCCCCCUCAGGUCACCCCUGGGAUCUCACAGGCCCCCACAGUCCCAGACAGGACCCCAAUCAUUGUCCCAGGACGUCCAUAGCCCACCUGGGGCUCCUCUUCACCCCCGUAUCCUUCCAGAUCCCAUACAGCAGGAGGGGAAUGCAGAGCUGGCAAAGGUGUAGGGCACAGCUGUGGGUGAAAGUGACGUGGGGGGCACUGGGGAGAUGGGUGCGUGUGAACGUGGGAGGAUGUGGGGCUAUGGGCCACAGCCUGCAGGAGCAGAGUGCUGCGCGGGAGAAGGCAACGUGUGAGGUAAAGGUGGGACCUGUGGGUGCGGGGACAUAGGGUGGCAUGGGGACGUAGGGGGUGUGGGGGCAUGUGGGGAGCGGUUUGGGGUCAGAGUGGGGGAUGUGGGGCGGUGUUGGAGUGCAUUUAUGGAUUUCUUCCUGAGAGGGGGUUGGGGUUCCCUGUGGCCCCAAGGUGGAGCCCUGGUCCGUAACCCCACGUGACCCCAUUACCCCAUACAACUCCGCGUGACCCCAGGGCUCCACAUCACCCAUAGCCCUGUGAGUACCAUAUGCCCAGAGGAGGCUCUGGACAGUGAUGGGGCUGUUAUUGGGUCGUUCAGGGGGUGCUUUAGGGUGGCUCUGGGACCGCUGUAGAACAGCACUCUAUAUCUGCCCCUGACCCUCAUCUUGCCCACGUCUUCUGGGGCAAGAUGGGGGUCAAGGGAGCUAUGGGGGAGGUCCCACAAUCAGAGCAGGUUCACCACCAGCUCCGUGUGGGGGAUCAUCAGCCCCACCGAGGUGUGGGUGUGUCCCAUAGCUGCCCCACAGCAGCCCCAGAGCCAUCCUAGAGCAGCCCCAGAGCAGCCCCAUCACUGCCCACGGCCCGUGGCCAGCAGCAGUUCCACCACCAGCAGUGUGUUGGGUAAAGGCAGCUCCUAGGUGUGGCUCUGCCCCAUAGCUGCCCCAGAGUGCCCCUGUAGCCCUCCCAUAGGCAUCCUUUAGCUGCCCCACAACCCGUAGGGCUUCCCCACAUCCCAGCGCAUCCCCCCAAGUGCCUGCGGGGUGUGCGAGAAACGCUCUCCUCCCUGCUGUUCCAUCGGGCGCAGCUCUCGGUGCAGCAGCAAAGCUCCUUCCUGAUUGCUGUGGCGUUACUGCACUCUCCCUCCUCGUGGCGAGGGAGAAAACGCGCAGCUGCUCUGUGAGCUCCUUCUGCUCCUGGAGCUCUCCUCCCGUGGCACUCACUGCUCUCCUGUUCCCCCUUGGCUGGGGACUGCAGGUUCACAGUCUCCGCCACGCAUCCGCUGUGCCGUUUCUCCAGAGGAGCUCUAUGGCCAACCUGUUCCUUUCGGGCUGAUUGUGUGCUUUUCUAUGCAGACAGGCAGGCAGGCAGGAUUUCUUGCAGCUCUCGCACUUGCUGUGUCUCAUGCUCCGUCCUGCAGCUGUGCCUUCUCUCGUUCGUGAUGUGCUCUGCUCAGCAUCUGUCUGCUGAACAACAGCUGUCACAGCUGUCACACUGGCCCUACCUUGUGCUCUCCCUGCAGACGUUAGAACAUUCUCUCUGCCACUCUCCAAAGCGUAACAGCUCAGAUGGUUUCCAGCAGCACACAGCUGGCACACAGAGCCGUGCUGACCACGGCAGGGUGCAGCUUCUUGUUGCAGAGCCCCACCCACUUGUAGCGGUGGGUGAGCGUGCCAAAGGGGGAUCCCACCGCUGCUCUUCUCCAUCCUUCUCUGCUCUUUCUGCACCACCGUGCAUUCCUUCCUGCUCGUGCUGCGCUGCCCUCAGAGUGCUUUGUCCAUUUCUCGCGGUCGUUGCAGCAGCUGUCCAAGUGCUGACGUUGGAGCCAUUUCUUCCCCACCGCGAGAUCCCUUCCGAGACGCACUGUCUCUGCUGCUGCAACAGCCCCAGUCUGGGGUGCCUUUUGGUAAGGAGUUGCGUUGUGCGUUCUGCAGCUGACUUGGAUUUCUUCUCCCACUGUCCCGUGAGGGAGUUGAUUGCUUCCAUCCGUCCCAGCUGCAUUGCUGGGUCAGGUAUCCCUCAUUGCCACGCAGCACUGCAGCAGCCCAGCCCCAGUCCCUUCCCCAGUCUCAGUGGGAUCGGUUUGUUCUCUUCUUGUCCUCUUAGAGAAACAGAAGCUACCAAGCCAGCAAACCUUGUGUCUGGUAUUUCCCUACAGAAGCUGCUAUUCGUGUCCUUCUUCUUGCCCCUUUGGCCAGUUCCCAGCAAUCCAAAAUUAGGCGUAUGGCUGCAGCCCACCCCACGGCUUCUUUGGGGCAGCUCUGUGGCAGCCCCACCCCGAGGAGAGGAUGCCUUUUCCCCACACACAGCUGGUUCUAUGGCCACAUGGGGUCAGGACACAGGGUCAUGGGUCACGUGGGGCUCCUGCAGGGUCACCGAGUUAUAUGCAGUCAGAUGGAGCGGCACAGUUUUUGGUGUCAGGUGGGGUUCUGGGUCACAGCGAUGGGGUCAGAUGGGAUGGUAGGCUCAGAUGGGGUGGCGUGGAGUUAUUCUAGGGUUCUGUGGUUGGGGUGAGGUGGGGGCAGGGAUCCCAGAGUUCUGGGGCCACGUGGCAUCGGGUCGCAGAGUGAUGGGGGCAGGCAGGGUCAGGGAGUCACAGGGUCGUGUGGGGGUAUGGUUCACCCAGGGCUGUGGGUCACGUGCAGCCAUGGGGUCACGCACAUACAGGGUUCUGUGUUCAUCUUGGGUUACGGCUCACGUGGGGUUAUGGCUCAGGGCCCCACCUUUGGGCCACUGGGACCCCCAGUCCCCUCUCAGGAAGAAAUAAAUGCACUCCAACACCGCCCCGCACCCCCCCUUUUUAACCCUAACUUCUCCCCACAUCCCCCCAUUCCCCCUAUGUCCCCAUACCACAGCAUACCCCAGUGUCUCACCUGCAGCCCACAUCUUGCCUUCUCCUGAACAGCAUUCUGCUCCUGCAGGCUGUGUGCCCAUAUCCUCCCAUGUGCUUAUAUCCCCCUCUCCGCCUUUCACACGCACCCAGAGCCCCAUAGCUCCUCCAGGACCUUCUCAGACGCGGUACACUUCCCCCACAGCCAACCCGGGACCUCAUAGAGUCCUGGUGUCCCCAACAGCGCCCCUUAUCCUUGCACUGGGCUCCCACUGAACCCCCACAUAUCUUCCCUUGGACCUCCCUCACCCCCCUCAGGUCACCCCUGGGAUCUCACAGGCCCCCACAGUCCCAGACAGGACCCCAAUCAUUGUCCCAGGACGUCCAUAGCCCACCUGGGGCUCCUCUUCACCCCCGUAUCCUUCCAGAUCCCAUACAGCAGGAGGGGAAUGCAGAGCUGGCAAAGGUGUAGGGCACAGCUGUGGGUGAAAGUGACGUGGGGGGCACUGGGGAGAUGGGUGCGUGUGAACGUGGGAGGAUGUGGGGCUAUGGGCCACAGCCUGCAGGAGCAGAGUGCUGCGCGGGAGAAGGCAACGUGUGAGGUAAAGGUGGGACCUGUGGGUGCGGGGACAUAGGGUGGCAUGGGGACGUAGGGGGUGUGGGGGCAUGUGGGGAGCGGUUUGGGGUCAGAGUGGGGGAUGUGGGGCGGUGUUGGAGUGCAUUUAUGGAUUUCUUCCUGAGAGGGGGUUGGGGUUCCCUGUGGCCCCAAGGUGGAGCCCUGGUCCGUAACCCCACGUGACCCCAUUACCCCAUACAACUCCGCGUGACCCCAGGGCUCCACAUCACCCAUAGCCCUGUGAGUACCAUAUGCCCAGAGGAGGCUCUGGACAGUGAUGGGGCUGUUAUUGGGUCGUUCAGGGGGUGCUUUAGGGUGGCUCUGGGACCGCUGUAGAACAGCACUCUAUAUCUGCCCCUGACCCUCAUCUUGCCCACGUCUUCUGGGGCAAGAUGGGGGUCAAGGGAGCUAUGGGGGAGGUCCCACAAUCAGAGCAGGUUCACCACCAGCUCCGUGUGGGGGAUCAUCAGCCCCACCGAGGUGUGGGUGUGUCCCAUAGCUGCCCCACAGCAGCCCCAGAGCCAUCCUAGAGCAGCCCCAGAGCAGCCCCAUCACUGCCCACGGCCCGUGGCCAGCAGCAGUUCCACCACCAGCAGUGUGUUGGGUAAAGGCAGCUCCUAGGUGUGGCUCUGCCCCAUAGCUGCCCCAGAGUGCCCCUGUAGCCCUCCCAUAGGCAUCCUUUAGCUGCCCCACAACCCGUAGGGCUUCCCCACAUCCCAGCGCAUCCCCCCAAGUGCCUGCGGGGUGUGCGAGAAACGCUCUCCUCCCUGCUGUUCCAUCGGGCGCAGCUCUCGGUGCAGCAGCAAAGCUCCUUCCUGAUUGCUGUGGCGUUACUGCACUCUCCCUCCUCGUGGCGAGGGAGAAAACGCGCAGCUGCUCUGUGAGCUCCUUCUGCUCCUGGAGCUCUCCUCCCGUGGCACUCACUGCUCUCCUGUUCCCCCUUGGCUGGGGACUGCAGGUUCACAGUCUCCGCCACGCAUCCGCUGUGCCGUUUCUCCAGAGGAGCUCUAUGGCCAACCUGUUCCUUUCGGGCUGAUUGUGUGCUUUUCUAUGCAGACAGGCAGGCAGGCAGGAUUUCUUGCAGCUCUCGCACUUGCUGUGUCUCAUGCUCCGUCCUGCAGCUGUGCCUUCUCUCGUUCGUGAUGUGCUCUGCUCAGCAUCUGUCUGCUGAACAACAGCUGUCACAGCUGUCACACUGGCCCUACCUUGUGCUCUCCCUGCAGACGUUAGAACAUUCUCUCUGCCACUCUCCAAAGCGUAACAGCUCAGAUGGUUUCCAGCAGCACACAGCUGGCACACAGAGCCGUGCUGACCACGGCAGGGUGCAGCUUCUUGUUGCAGAGCCCCACCCACUUGUAGCGGUGGGUGAGCGUGCCAAAGGGGGAUCCCACCGCUGCUCUUCUCCAUCCUUCUCUGCUCUUUCUGCACCACCGUGCAUUCCUUCCUGCUCGUGCUGCGCUGCCCUCAGAGUGCUUUGUCCAUUUCUCGCGGUCGUUGCAGCAGCUGUCCAAGUGCUGACGUUGGAGCCAUUUCUUCCCCACCGCGAGAUCCCUUCCGAGACGCACUGUCUCUGCUGCUGCAACAGCCCCAGUCUGGGGUGCCUUUUGGUAAGGAGUUGCGUUGUGCGUUCUGCAGCUGACUUGGAUUUCUUCUCCCACUGUCCCGUGAGGGAGUUGAUUGCUUCCAUCCGUCCCAGCUGCAUUGCUGGGUCAGGUAUCCCUCAUUGCCACGCAGCACUGCAGCAGCCCAGCCCCAGUCCCUUCCCCAGUCUCAGUGGGAUCGGUUUGUUCUCUUCUUGUCCUCUUAGAGAAACAGAAGCUACCAAGCCAGCAAACCUUGUGUCUGGUAUUUCCCUACAGAAGCUGCUAUUCGUGUCCUUCUUCUUGCCCCUUUGGCCAGUUCCCAGCAAUCCAAAAUUAGGCGUAUGGCUGCAGCCCACCCCACGGCUUCUUUGGGGCAGCUCUGUGGCAGCCCCACCCCGAGGAGAGGAUGCCUUUUCCCCACACACAGCUGGUUCUAUGGCCACAUGGGGUCAGGACACAGGGUCAUGGGUCACGUGGGGCUCCUGCAGGGUCACCGAGUUAUAUGCAGUCAGAUGGAGCGGCACAGUUUUUGGUGUCAGGUGGGGUUCUGGGUCACAGCGAUGGGGUCAGAUGGGAUGGUAGGCUCAGAUGGGGUGGCGUGGAGUUAUUCUAGGGUUCUGUGGUUGGGGUGAGGUGGGGGCAGGGAUCCCAGAGUUCUGGGGCCACGUGGCAUCGGGUCGCAGAGUGAUGGGGGCAGGCAGGGUCAGGGAGUCACAGGGUCGUGUGGGGGUAUGGUUCACCCAGGGCUGUGGGUCACGUGCAGCCAUGGGGUCACGCACAUACAGGGUUCUGUGUUCAUCUUGGGUUACGGCUCACGUGGGGUUAUGGCUCAGGGCCCCACCUUUGGGCCACUGGGACCCCCAGUCCCCUCUCAGGAAGAAAUAAACGCACUCCAACACCGCCCCGCACCCCCCCUUUUUAACCCUAACUUCUCCCCACAUCCCCCCGUUCCCCCUAUGUCCCCAUACCACAGCAUACCCCAGUGUCUCACCUGCAGCCCACAUCUUGCCUUCUCCUGAACAGCAUUCUGCUCCUGCAGGCUGUGUGCCCAUAUCCUCCCAUGUGCUUAUAUCCCCCUCUCCGCCUUUCACACGCACCCAGAGCCCCAUAGCUCCUCCAGGACCUUCUCAGACACGGUACACUUC